AAUGCGGCCACUAUCUUUUUGGCGGCAAGAUCUGCAACCUAACCUAAAAUUUAUUAGCCUGUAAACACAGGUCAGCUGUAAUUUACAAAAGCAAUUCGAAGCCAGUGUUUUCGUUGGUGUAAAAACAUGUAAUUGAGUUGCAGUGUGAUUUUUGGUUUUUGUGUAAGAGCUGCAUUCGAAGCUCGUGAUGUCUCAUUUAUUAUCCGCUGAAUUAUCUGCAACAUGCAAUGCUUUAGGAUAUUACGACUCUAAAUCACAAAAAUACUAUGCAGAUACAAAUACUCUAGAAACUGUAAAGGACUUAAUUCGGUAUUUGAGAAGAGACGAUGAAACAUACGAGAUACGAAGAUCUCUCGGCGACAGUCAGGUUCUUCAAACAGAUUUGCUCCCUUUACUGAAAGGAUAUUGGGAGCAGACAAAUUUAUUUGAUGUUUUGUUAAGAUUAUUGGUAAAUCUCACGAGUCCGGCUUUAAUGUUAUGGCACGAAGUUGUUCCCACUGAAAAAACUGCGAGAUAUUACUAUUUAAAGAUCGACGAACAUCAGAAGAAAUACAAACAGGCCUUUGCUGAUGAAAAAAUUUGGGCAAUUUUGAGUACACGACUUAGUAAAAUAUUAGAAAUUGACUUUGCAAUACGGGGCGAAGAAAACAACUUAAUCAUAGAAAGAAUCUUGAUACUAGUUCGAAAUAUCUUAUAUACUGCAAACCCAGAUGAGGAACAAAGGCCAGAUAGUGAUGCUAGUGUUCAUGAUCAAGUGCUUUGGUCUUUGCACCAGUCAGGAAUGCUGGACAUCAUUUUAUUUAUUGCCAGUUCUACAUCGGAACAAGCCUACUACAUGCAUAUUGUAGAAAUUCUUUCAUUUAUGUUGAGGGAACAAUCGGCUACCUCAUUGGCCACUACAGAGUUACAAAGGAGUCAAAGCGAGAAAAUGAGAGAGGAGGCAGAACUUCUUCUUAUGAGGCAUCAUGAAAAUAACAAGAAGCAAGAGAAGAUUAGGAAGUUUGCGGGUGCCAGGCAUUCUCGUUUUGGAGGCACGUACGUUAUCAAAUCCCUCCAAUCCAUCAGCGAGAAAAAUUACGUGUAUCACAAACCAUUAAAUAAUCUGGACUCCGUACAUUUCGAUGUUGAAAAGAAAAAGACCAGAACUCCUAAAAAUCGUUUACCCGUACAAGAGGCACCGACAGAACGAAGGUCUGCAUUUGGCGUCAAAUUAAUCUUAAAAGAGUUUUGCACGGAAUUUAUAAAUGGGGCUUACAAUACCUUCAUGUAUUAUGUUAAGUUUAACUUCGAAAGGUCAAAAGCGCAAGCGCAUGACGAAUCGUAUUAUUUGUGGGCCAUGAGAUUUUUUAUGGAAUUUAAUCGAGGUAACAAUUUUCAAGUAAAGUUAGUGAGUGAAACUGUAUCUGUGAAAGCGUUUCAUUUCGUUCAACAGCAAAUGGAAACUUACUACGAUUACAUAUGCGUAAACAAAAAAGAAUGCAGGUCUUGGUCCAAGCGUUUACACAUCGCGCUUUUGGCAUACCGAGAACUGCUUUUAACUUUAUAUGCUAUGGAUAGGUCGCCUGACGAAGCAGUGCGAAAGAGCGCAAAAGCGAUUAAAACCACCAUAUUUUAUGUUGUUGAAUAUCGAGAGCUAAUUAUAACUCUCUUGCUCACAUUUGAUGAAAUUUUAUUUUCACGAUUGUAUUUAAAUGAUCUGAUGGAAACUCAGCAUAUCUUCUUGAAGAUGUUACAAGCAUACUGUGGCAAGAACGAAUUGGUAGUUCAAAAGAAAAAGAAGAGAAGGACGAAGAAAAAGAGAGUUGCUGAAGAACCUGUUUCUGAAGUAGAACCUAAUUUGGAAGAAUUAUGGAAUGAAGCAGCUCCACAAUUAUCUGCUUUGCUGAGUGAAAAUUCAGCAGCCAUUCCUGAUGGCAUUGUUCCGUUUGAUGCAGCAUCAGAUACACCUAUAAGUGAACAAAAGACUGACGCGAUGAAAAAAAUUCAUCAGCAUUUAAAGGAUGCCGAGUUUGAAAAUGCUUUGGGAUUGUUAAGAGCAUCGAGAGAAGUGUGGCCAGAAAAUGAUUGCUUUGGUAGUUCAAACAUGGCCCCGGAAGAAGAAUUGAUGGCAUUGCAAGAUAUUUUCCUCGCAAAUAUUGGUGGACCAACCCAGAAACACAGCCAAGUUGUUAAAGAUGAUGAGGAAGAAGAGUACUCUGAUGACGAAGAGGAAAUGGAAGGUAUGCUUGAACCAGAAGAAUCAAACUUCAAAUUUGACGACUUUCUGAAGAGGUUUGCAAACCAGAGAGUAAUCCAAACGUGCGCCUACGCUCUUCAAAACAUUGAAUGGAACUCCGUAUAUACGAACUACUGCAUUAUAAAACUGUUACAUCGCAUUGUUUGGGAUUUAAAGAUGGUUGGCAUGGUGUUUCAGGCAUCAAUUUUUCGAACUUUUCAGAAGGCUUACACUUUAAAAGACCUUCCGCAAUUUAAGGAGAUUAUUACAUUUGCAACCUACGUCUUAAGGCAAUUUUUUAAGUUGACUGAAAAGAAUCCGAAAGUUUUUAUGGAAACGCUUUUCUGGAAAUCCAGUCGUGAUGCCUUUGACAUUGAAGAAGGAUAUGGCAGCUAUCAUGAACAGACUAAAGCUGAAGCACAAGCAUGGAAUGAAACUCAAGAAAUGGAACUUACUCAGUUGUUUAAUGAACACCAAGAAAAAGAAAUAAGGGAAGAUGUCGUUGAUUGGAUUGUAAAUAAUCUUGUAGAUAAUACAAGAUCUCGCAGAGCUGUUUUGAAAAAGCUAAAGUCCAUGUCUCUGUUAUCUAACUAUAAAAAACACAAAGCAGGUGUAAGUAGAUCUAAUGUGUGGACAGAAGAAGAUGAACAACAACUGCGGGAAGCAUAUGAGAUGUCUAGAGAGGAUGCUAAUCCCAUUGAAUCUAUUAGCAGUCGGUUGUUGACUCAGCGUGCGAAAACUAAGAUUGUUGCAAAAUUGCUAGAGAUUAAUCUUAUACAGAACAAGAAUGAGGUUGUUAAAGGAAAAAAUAGGCUGCGGAUGUCUAAAAAUGAAGAUCGGUCUAACCAUAGCAGUGUAUCUGAGGAUAGUGAUUCAAGUGCAGAUGAAAGUACUGCCCCAAAGAUUAUAAAGAAAAGGCAGCCAACGACUCAAAGACCAUCUACGAAGACUAAACAAAAAAUAAAACGCAAUCCACAAGUCCAUGUUUCCAAAGAGAAACUUGUGGAGUUACUGCGAAAAGUAGUUCACAUGACUGACGCUUUAGAGUGGUUACAUGAAAGCUUAUCAGAUAUAUUAGAGGAUAGGAAAGAUAGUAACGAAGAAGUAGAAGAAGAUAUACCUUUAGUAGCAAUUAUGGACUAUUCCACAACGGCCAUAGAAGACAAAGAUUUCCAAAAUCUUCUCAGAGCAUUGCAGAUUAGGGAACCAGCUGACGAACAAGAAAGUCAUUGGCGAAUUUUAGGGAAUUUAUCGAGUUCCGUAUUGGAAGAGUAUUGUCAACUUUUAUCAGAUGCUAUGGCAAAUAAUCUACCAGAUGUUAAUGCGCCCACUGAAAUUCCAAGUGCGCACUCUGACUCUGAGGAGGAUGUUUUCGAUAGGGUUAGAAAAAUAACGUCAAAUAAUACUGCCAUUGAAGUGGUGGAUGUUCUACCAAGUACAAGCACAUCUGCUCCUGAAGACCCAGUUAUUAGUGAAACGAAAGACAGUCAAAAUGUUCAAUCUGACUCUGAUGAUGAUGUCUUCGAUAGAGCGAAUAGAAUUAGAAGCGAAAGUGAUGACGGUAGGAGCCCUAAACGGAUUUCAAUCUGUGAUGAUGAAGGCGAUGAGCACUCUCAACAUGAAAAGGUGAAUAGAAAACGUUAUAUUAUUGAGAGUGACGAAGAUGAAGAAAAAAAUGAAAAUAAACGAGAGAGAAAUGCUUCAGAUACAGACAGUCCAUUGAAAAGUAAAAAGCGAAGCAGAUUUAUCUCAAGCGAUGAGGACAGUUCAUAAAGAAUUUUGUUGUCAUUUGACAUUUCUUUACUUUUCUAAGGUUAACUUGUCAUCCUUGGGGAAUUACCAUUUUUAGUUUUUUUCCCUUUAUAUUAUGUUCGUUUAGU